UCCCAAUCCGCAUCUCGAAAAGUUUCCCGGAGGACCGCGCGAACUCCCGCGGAGAGAUAGCGACGGUCGAGAUUAUUCCUACGAGGUUGGAUUGUUUGGUUUCCUCUGUCUUUUUCUUCGUCAGCUGGAUAGCGUGUGCACGCAUUGCGACUUGGGAGUGUACUUUCCUCCAGACCAAAUAUUCUACUGAGGUGGACUACGAGGUUCUUAAGAAAGUCCCCAUAACCACCAUAUCGAUCCCACCAACCAACAAUCAACCAUCACAAUGACCAUCCCACUCCAAACGAUCACCUCGUUCCGCACGACCUUUUCCCCCUUCUCCCCUCUCUCCCGGCCGUGCCGUCUCCUCCUCGCUCUGAUUCAGAAUCCCACUACCGCUCCCGCCAGCAGCGCCUCACACAUCGACAUCAAAGUGAAACAGCUGCCGCGAAACUCGACGCAGCUGCCCGAGAUGACGGUAGGCUUCAAGGGCGGAAAGGAGAUCAAGCUCGAGGUCGGAAAGCGCAAGUUGAAGGUGGGGGAUGUGAUUGAGGAGAUCGCCCGUGUCGCGAGAGGUGUGGAGAGAGAGGAGAGUCUGAAGGGCUGAGUAGGUCAAUUGUGACUCUCUUUGAAGCUACAGUUCCUCUUCUUUUGUGUUGGGUUUGAAUAUGGCGUCUAGGAUGUUCAAGCGCUGUUGAUUUUCGAGAGAGAAGGGACCUAUAUAUGGCAGUGAGUGUAUGAGGAAGCCGAUACCAUGCGCAGAAGAAGACGGUGAGAACAAGGGUCUCGAGAUGAAACUCCUGGGUUCCAACGAUGAAGAUGAAAUAUGUGGCUAAAUCAAGGUAUCGCGGAUAGGAUGAUACCAUAUUAAACACAACAUACCAUGUCCUACAAUAUUUGUACUAUACGUUCAAGCAUCAUGAAUAAAAGAUUACUCCAA